AUGAAAAUAAAAAGCUCUAAGCUGUACAACUACAUGAGGGAAAAUGAAAUACUACCGUUACCAUCCCUAAGUACAUUGUCAAGAAUAGGAACGACAUGGAGCUUACUUGUCGAUGAAUGUAAGGUGUCUAUAACCAAAAAAUUCGACAAGAACUUAAUGAACUUCAUUGGUUUCAUUGAUUUGGGAAGUCACACCCCACAGAAAAUGGAAAACAAACUUGGAGACCAUGCUUUGGUCAUAAUGUUCCAACCAUUUGCAGGUCAUGGUCUCCAAGCAUUGACCUGCUUUCUAAGUGGAAGUGACGUGACUGGAGACGUUCUCACAAAAAUAAUGCUCGAGUGUGUUAUUCUUUGUGGAAACGCUGGUCACUUUAUAGAUGUGAUUACUAGUGAUGGAGCUAGUUGUAACCGGAAAAUGUGGAAACACUUUGAAAUAGAGGACACCAGCGAACCAUGGUGUGAACACACCAUGGACAAUAAGAGAAAAUUUAGAAUGUGCUCAGAUUUUCCCCACCUCAUCAAAUGUUUGAGGAAUAAUUCAAUUAAAAAAAAAAUUUAG